CUGUCUGAGAUCUAAUCUGUGGAUCAUUUCCAAUGGUUUUCUUGGCACAGUGAUUCUAAGAAAAAUCAAUUUGUAGGCCUAUUUCCUAUUGUUAAAAGUAACAAUGGUUGUUGGAGCCUUUCCCAUUGCUAAAUUAUCUGUACUUUUAGUCAAACAGAUAAGCAAACCCAUUGCAAAUGCUUGUAAAGAACGGGCCAAAAAUAGUCCAUUUUUCAGGACUUAUGUUUGUAUGCCUCCAGCGCAAUUUUACAACUGGUGUGAAGUAAAAGCAAAAAUGUGGAUUCUCAAUUUGGGUAAACCUGUUAAUAUUCCAGUGUUAAGCCAGGAAAUGGCAAUUGAAUUAGGAGCUAACUUGCUUGGUGAAACUGUUAUAUUUGUUAUUGGUGCUGGGUUAUUAAUAAUAGAAUACAACAGGCAAAGUAAAAAGGAAACUGCAAAGGAAAGUAAAAGGGAGGAGGAAAUGCAACAUAUCACAACUACUAUAACAGAUCUGUACUUCAGAGUUCAACAACAGCAAACACAGCUCAGGGAAAUGGAGAGAAUUAUUUAUUCCAUAAGUGGACAAAAACAGCCUGUACCUGAACCACCAUCUGACCAAACUCCACCAGGGCCUCCAACUGCAUCACCAUCAUCACAGAAUAUUAGUCAUAAUAGAAACUAUGAAGAUAUGCCACUACCACAUACUCCUUAUCCCAACAAAGGAAUAAUUCUUCAGUCUCUUAACUAUAUUCAAAUGGAUGUUUUAAGUUCAUUGUUUCCUUAUAAUGGUAGUAAACAAAAUAUAUAUAUAGAAGAAAAGCCGGUACAGCAGCAUCGGCGAGGGCCGGCGGUUUUGUCACAAGCAUUGUACAAUAUCGAAAAUAAUUUCAGAAGUUUAUUUUAAAAUUAUUUACCCUCUUACUAGAUGCCAGAAUUUUAGCCAAAUAUUAGGGAAGUAUACUAAAUAAUUAUAUUAUUUGCUUUAUGAUGAAGAUAAAAAUAUCCUAUAUGGGCACUUUAUUGUCAUGACAAUAAAGUAAAUUAAAAAUAAUAAAUAUCAGCAAGUAUAAACAAUUAAAUAUCCAAACGUCACUUUGCUACAAUGUUUUCGCUAUGCAAAAAUUUCGGUACCCACAAGUUUCUUAUAUAUCGUGUGACUUAUAUAAAAUCAUUAUUAAUUAAUAUAAUGUUUAAGCUUAUAUAAGUGUAGCACUUGAACGAUAUUUAUAAAUUAAUAUCUCAUGUCACAAGUUUGUUGAUUUAGUUGGUAGCAU